UCGAGAGCAUCGCGAACUUCAGACGCGACUCCAACCCACCCAUCGCAGCCCCCCAUCCCCACCUUCAUUCAACAACAACCACGCGGCAGCACGUUGGAAAAGACACGUUGCGAUCGCGCAACUGCUCCGAGUUCUCGCGCCCGCGACUUCCCCUUUGCAUUGCCGCAUAGCGCCUUCCAGCUCCGUCGCAUCGCAUAACACGCCUCGAGCCAUGGCCGACGACGCGACAGCAAGCGCAACUGCGCAGGACCCAAGUCUCGCUGGAGAAGGUGUCACGGACACCAAUGCGCUGGAUCAAGAUACCAGCAUGCUCGAAGACGCACCCGUCAAGGAGUCUUCCAACGAUCCCGCUACUGCCACCCCCACAGCCGCAUCAGAUAAUCCUCUAGACGCACCCGACGGCCCAAGACCGGAAGCGGAAGACGCUGAUGGCCAGGAUGACGAAGAGAUGGGCGGCGUCGACGAUGCGAAAAAGGAGAACGGCGAGGGCGCUGAAGCUGCUGACCCAGAGGCGCAAGCAAAAGCCGACUUACAGUCAGCCGCGCGUUCGCACUUUGUUACCCAGACAUAUGCGACCAUCAUCCCGAGCUACGCAACCUGGUUCGACAUGCGCUACAUCGACUACCGCGAGCGCAAAGCCCUACCCGAGUUCUUCAACGGUCGCAACCGCAGCAAGACACCGGCCGUCUACCGCGAUUACCGCGAUUUCAUGAUCAAUACAUACCGCCUGAACCCAUCCGAGUACCUCACAGUCACCGCAUGCCGCAGGAAUCUUGCGGGAGACGUCUGCGCUAUCAUGCGCGUGCACGCUUUCCUCGAACAGUGGGGAUUGAUCAACUACCAAGUCGACCCUCAAGAACGCCCGUCGAACAUUGGUCCUCCAUUCACCGGCCAUUUCCGUGUCACUGUCGAUACGCCCCGCGGACUGCAACCGUUCCAACCAGGACCAGGCUCAAAAGUUACGGACGGAAAGCAGCUCACAGCGACCGACCGCGCUGCGAGCCAGCAACCCACUGCGAAGAGCGAGACCAAGUCUUUGGCUGGACGAAAUAUCUACGAGGCCAAUGGCAAAGAAGCAUCCGUGGAGCCAAAAGCUGCUAACGGUGAAGGUGCCGCUAACGGCUCGGUAGACGUCAAGGAUCUCGAAGCCGCCGCGAAGGAGCCAACCAAGGUCAUCAACUGCUUCAGUUGCGGUGUCGAAUGUACCCGUGUACAUUUCCAUGAAACAAAACCUUCCGAGCAGUCUGGACAGAUCAAGGCUGCUGGUGGCCUGAAGCGCGACCUUUGCCCCAGAUGUUUUGUAGAGGGUAAUUUCCCACAAGGCACAUCCUCAGCCGACUUCACAAAGAUCUCCAACCCGGAGAACUCAGCAGCAGCCGAGACAGAAGAGAAGUGGACAGAAGAGGAGACUCUUCUGCUACUCGAGGGCUUGGAGGAGUUUGACGAUGACUGGAACCGUGUUGCCGACCACGUCCAGACGAAGACGCGCGAGCAGUGCGUGAUGAAGUUCCUGCAGCUCGAGAUUGAGGACAAGUACAUCGAGGCGGAUCUACCGGAGUCACAAUCGGCAGCUCCUUCAACCAAGUUCUUGCGCGAUCUGGAGUACCUCAGCGAAGGCCGUGUACCUAUCCACCACGCCGACAACCCGAUUCUGAGCGUCGUCAGCUUCCUAGCUGGCCUUGCUCCCGCGAACGUCACAGAGGCAGCGGUCGCGUCAGGGCGCAGCGUCGGCGAGAUGAAGCGCAUCCUUCAAGAGAAGAUCAACAAAGCCCCAACCGCACCAUCAGAGAAGGGCAAAGAGAAGGAAGGCGAGCAGUCUACACCCGCAGCUACCGCCUCAGACAUGAAGCCCGAAGGCGGCGACGCUAUGGACGUCGACCCCUCCGCCGAGUCCACCGCUGUAGCCACGCGGGAAUCCGACUCUUCCUCCAACCCCAACCCGCUCGCCACCCUGCCCUUCGCCCUCUCCGCAGCCCGUUCCUCAGCACUAGCCUCUCACGAAGAACGCCACAUCACCCGUCUCGUCUCCGGCGCCGUAAACCUCCAACUCCAAAAGCUACAGCUCAAGCUCGCGCACUUUAAUGACUUUGAGAAGCUCCUCUCCGCCGAACGCCGCGAUCUGCAGCGCCGUCGCCAGCAGCUCUUCAUGGACCGCCUGAACUUCCAGAGGAGAGUCCGCGCACUCGAAGACGCGACCAAGCGCAUCAGCAGCUCCAUGGGCGGCCAGGGUCUCCCUGGCAGUAUGAGCAACGAAGACGCCGUCCAGGCGCUGACAGAAGCCAUGCGCAUGUUCGGCGUAGGCAAGGGCGAGGACAGCAUGGGCGUCAAGCGCGACAGUGUCGAUGCAGGUGUUGCUCAGCCCCUUGCCGAGGGUGCAGAGGGCUACAGCAAAGUAGAGAUUUAGAGACAUCUUAGCGCGCGCGCGCGACGUGUUUGAGGACGUGGUCCUCUGAAUUGAGACCAGGGUGUGCGUAUGAGGCGCUGCCGGACUAUCGCACUCUGAGAGGUGCAUGAGAAGCGCGUUUGGAAGCAAGGACCUUGUGGACAGGGUGAAGAGUGCAAACGUCAGGAUAUGUGGCUGUUGGUCUCAAGGGGUGUUUUCUGGCGUACAAUGAGUUGGUACCUACGCUAUUCGGAACUAAGAUUAUGCUACAAUGGCCCGAUGUAUUCAAGUUUUCUUUUCUGGCAGGCUGGAGUGCCUGCUGUACAAGUAGUUUCUGUUAUCAAGAACGAUUGCAAUCCCUUUCCUUAGCACACCAAGAGUCUUUGGUCUGAAUGUUGCCUGGUUUCUUAGCACAAGAUUUUUUAGAUGUG